CAUUCACCACCGAUAAAUACACUAGAAAUGGGUUUCAAACCACACCACCACCAAGUAAUUCACAAGUAAAACAAGCACCCCAUCUGCUCCAAUGGCAUGUUCAUCAACCCAGACCGGAAUGUGGUCCCUGAUCAAAGAAUUGAUCACACAAAGACCACCUGAGCUUUGAGGGUAAGAGUUGUGCGAGUUUACGAGGUGCCUCCCCAUUCCAAGGGUGGAGAGACCCUUGAGAUGGUGUUGCAUGAUGCAGAGGGCGAUCGAAUUCACGCAACUGUAAAGAGGCCGCAGUUGGCAAUGUAUAGACCAUUGAUCAAAGAACACCAAGUGUACACACUUAGGAACUUUUUUGUGUUAGACAACUAGCAGACGGUGAAAACAACUCCACAUCCUUAUUUAAUCCAGUUCAUAAGCAAGACUGCAUUCAAGGAAGACAAGACUGUACUACCUAUGUUUUUGUUUGACUUCCAACAUUUUGGGUUGCUUCAAGAGCAUAGGGUGAUCGAUGACAGACAUCUCAUUGAUGUGAUCGAUAAGGUCAUAUGCAGAAGCAUGGUUCAGACACACAUCAUCAAUGGAAAGGCUGAAAGACUGAUGGAGCUAACGUUGGGUGACCCUGAGGGCAACAGACUUGGUUGUGUGCUGUGGAAUAAAUAUAUAACCUAGUACAUGGAUUACGCUACUCAGCAUCUUGAUGAAGCAGUUUAUAUAAUAUUUCAGCUUUGCAGGCCCAAAAGAUAUCAGGGUGCCCUAUCUGUGUCAUCUUCUUUUGAUGUGUCAAAACUGAUCAUUAAUGGCACAACGUCGGAGUUCCUGGACUUCAUAAGCGAUGAUGACGAUAUGACGGUAACGACUGUUACACAAACCACACAAGGUGAUGAAAAUGGGGAUGAUAUCCUAAGUGGGCAUGCAAACAUAACAACAAUGAAUGCUUUGCUUAAUGCAACUGAGGUUUUACUGGGUGCUUGGGGACAUAGUCUCCAUAGAAAAUUUCCGGGAAUGGUGUAACCUUGGCUGCCCAACUUGCAACAAGAAAUUGAAACCUGAGGAACAAAGAUUCAGGUGUUCUAAUUGCAACGAUACCCUUGCUGAGGGAGUUUAUCGCUACAAGGUCAGCAUUUGUCUCAUGGACAAUACAGGACAUACUCCAUUUACGCUGUGGGACAGAGAAUGUAUAGAUUUCUUUGGGAAAACAUCAGGAACCUUAAUGCUUGAAUUGGAGAAGAAAGCUGGAGAUACAACAUGGUUUCCAGAAGAGAUUGAGAGUUUGAUUGACCAAAAAGCACUUUUUAGAAUUCAGAUAAAGAAAAGAUCUGAGGAAAAUACUUACAAGGGAACUUUUUGUAAGGGAAUUGUAUCAAUGAUUCAGACUGCCUCUGUUGUUGCAUUGUACGUAGAGGAUGAGAAGGAACAAACAGUCAAAGAGGAUACGUCCCCGGAGAAGGUUGGCUCAAGCGCAAGCAUUGGCGAAAAGAUAGCGAGGAAGGGUAAACUUGUUUCAACUAAGAAAGAGAACCGUUCUCCUAUUGACCUAUCAGAUACUCCACUAGAAUGCACGCAGAGGGAGGUUGAGGUUGAACUGACUGACGAAAUCAAACAUAAUCUGAACGAUGAGUUUUCUACCAAUGGAAAAGUGAAGAAGCUCAAGAUGAAAAUCAAGCAGGAACCGGGUGUUUAGGGAAACUAAGGAGUGAUUUGCUAAGACAUUGUUUAAAAAAUCUCUUUUGCUGUGUUAUGGUUGUGUGUGCCUAAACUACUAUUUUGGAUGUGUUCAAACACUAGCACAAAGACACACUGCGAAGUUGGGAUGAAAGACUGUUUGUUGCUUUAUUUAUCUAUGUUUUGUGCCCAGAUUUGUUCAUUGAACAAAUCCUACUGGGUUUACA